AUGAGCCGACGCCGCGGUGCGUUCUCAGCAUUUGAGAAAACUGCAAGUCAGGCAGCAGCUGCCAGCCAGUCGAGUCAGCCCGAUGUACCCAGGGAAUCAUCCAUUCAAGUGGGCGCUGCGCGUGUCAGGAGAGGUCCCCCCAAGUCUCUUUCCGUUCAUGAGGCCAAGACGCUUCUGGAGUCUUUGCGAUCCGCCAGUACCCACACUGACUUCCAGAAGGCCCUUGUCAAUCUUCGUGGCCGUGGAUGGGGUGCCUUGAAGAAACGGGAGGCUGUGGCUCGCCUGUUGGGAAUGGCAUGGAAAGCACCACUGAAGGCUGCUGGUUUCAGCAUUGACCAGUGGGGAUUUCCGGAGAUGCUGGCAGCGAUCCGUGUUCAUCACGCGCAGCCCGGCAUCAAGACCUUGUCCGAGGAGAUUGAGAGGCAGCUUCGAUUUCAGCCUGGAGAUCUCUUUGGAUCCAAGGCUGGAGCAAUGAAGCAAACGUCUUCUGCGGCCGAAGCUGCUGCAGUUACGGAAGCGGAGGUUCAGGUCACAGUCACCCAUCCCACCGACCGGGACUCCGUCGUCGUGAGUGUCCCUGGCAGCGCCAACAUGAGGCAGGUAAAAGAUGCCCUGGCUCGAAAGCUUGGCCGGCCGGAGGUCGCUCGAAAUGGUCGCAUGGUGGUUGAAAGCCCGACUGGUGAUCUUCUACCUGUCCCAGACAGCCAAAGGCUGGGUAUGAAGCGACAGGUGUUCAUCAUGGGCACCUCGUUGGCGACAACUCCGGCGGCUGGCAGCUUUGCAAGCCAACCUGCUGCGAAACCGCAGCAGGCGUCGGAGCCGAAGCCCACGCGAGAUCGGGCGCUGAAUUUGGGGGAGGCGAAGGAGCUGCUCAAGGCCUUCCGAGAGAUCGCGAGCGCAAAGGACUUUCAGAAGACUUUAGGCAACAUACACAAGCAAGGGCCGGAAGCGGUGCAGAGAAUGCAGCCCAUGUUUGUUGGCCAGUCCUUCAAUCGGACGAUGGCAAUGUAUGAUUUUCCACUCACAACGGAAGGGUACCAGGACAUGGCACGUGGCAUCAGCAAGCAUUCGUGGAAUAUCCAUGUCAAAGCUCAAGCUCACGAGGUUGAGCGCUUGCUGAGAAUGCCACCCGGAGCUUUCUUCGGGAUCCCUGGAGAGCCUGGCCAGGAGCAGGAUUUUCCUCCUCUUCCGGCGGAGGAGACCAGCAAGACCCCAGCAAAGGUGCCACCACGACAGGAGCCUCUACCGCCAAAGGCGAAAUCGCGGCAGGGCAUCGAGGUGCUGGCCCGACAUGCAGUUGACAAUGCGGAGGUGCGAGUGGCACUUCCUCAUGACGCCACUUUCUUCGACUGCAAGCAGGCGAUAUCCAAAUUUCUUGGUCGCGACGAGAUCCUCCGCAAGGGCAGGCUUGUGCAGAAAAAAGGAGGCGUCUAUUCAACCUACAAGGAUGACGAUCCCAUCGGGGACGUUCGUCAGGUUUUAGUACUGGGUGCCGAUCUCCGAACGGUCGAAGACCAGGAAGACGAUCAACCACCCCCAAUCCAUCCGUAUGCCGCGCAACCCCAAACACCCGUGCAGAGCCCCAACGAAGGCUCGCGAGCAGGUGUCGACUCGUACUCUGUGUCCCGGCGCCAUGAGGGCCUAGAGCCACCACCUCGGGCAAAGGAAUCUGCGUAUCCAAGCGCGGAUCCUCAUCCCGCCCCGCCCAAACCACCUGAGCCCAAACCCACACCCAAGAAGGCCGCUCCACCACCCAAGCCCAAGCCACCUCCACCAGCACAGCAGUAUGAGAUCAGGAUAAGACAUGCCGUUGAGGCAGGACCCGAGAUUACACUCACAAUAUAUACGAACUGGACUUUUGAUGCGGUUCGGGAAGCCUUGGCCAAGAAGCUUGGAAGGGAUGACAUCCGACGGAAAGCGCGGUUCGUGUUCAAGGCGAGUGCUGGCACCUCACCAUGGAUCGCCUUCAAGGACCAGGAGACUGUUGGCUGGGCACCAGAUGGCUCCCGUCGCAACGAGCUCAUGAUGCUCGGUGUUGAGCUGGACGACACGGAGCCUCUAGAAACUGCCCUGCCGUUGGACUCCAUGAAACGUCUCCUUCAGGAACUCGAGAACGCCUGUGCACAGGAUGAUUUACAAGUACAGUUGGAGAAAUUGCACGACCGAGGUGGCAUAGCGCUGCAGCUGGGCAUCACUCAACUCAUGGGACAGGCAGUGCAGAAGGCGACUGAGCUCGUGCUCGGCAGGGCGUGGAAGCUUCAGAGAGUAAUCGAUGCCGUCAAGGUGCACUCCAGUGAUCAGUCUGUCCGAUCACUGGCCGAAGGCGUUGAGAGGCGACUUCGACUCGAACCGGGGAUGCUCUUCAGCCGUCCUCAGGAUCCGAAGGAUGCCCGGAGCUCGAACAGGGCGCCGAUGGGUCGCAGUGCCAUGGAGGAGCUGGAGCAUGUCGAGUCGAACGAUGAGCCAGCUGGACUGCCAGAGCUCAGCGUCCAACAGGUGAUUGCCAUGCAGCGGGAGCUUCAUGCAGGAUUUUCGGACCCCGCUUUUCAGAGGAGGCUCGACAUCCUGGAGAACUUCCAUGCAAAGGAUCCCAAGCUCAUCCCAAUGAGACAAGAGCUGUUCCUGUCAGUUCAGAGCAAGGUUCUGCCGAAGUAUGGCUUCCAGGGAAGCCUGAAGGGCGUCUUCGACAUGCUGGAAGUUUUCCGCCGACCCGAUCUGCAGCACAACGGGGAGUUCGUCCGACUUGGGUCCGAGUUGAACUCACUUCUUCGGCUGAUGCCAGAUGGUCGCCCGCGUCCGACAAAGCGAGAGGCAUUUCCAGAGCCAGCUGCCACGACCCAAGCAGCCGGCAAAGCAAAGCCGAAGCCGAAGACGCCCACGCCUCCUGUGGAGCGGCAACAAGUCCCCGUUCGCGACAUCGAGGUGAUCAUUCGGCAUGCUGUGCCAGAGGGGUCCUUGGCCAAUGAGGAGGUGCUCCUGACCGUGAAGAGCAACGCGACAAUGAAGAGCAUCAAGGAGGCCUUGGUGGCGCACUUGGGCAAGCCCGAGUUGCUCCGGUCCUGCCGCUUGGUGCAGCCUGUCGGCGAGAACGGCGCCUUCUCCUCCUUCAAGGACAACGAGAAGCUGAAUGGUCGCCGUGCGUUGCUGGUGCUGGGAAUUCCCAGCUUGAGGCCAGCAGGCGAAGAGCCAGCCGAAGAUGUGCCCGCAGAGAAGGGCUUGCAGGCCAGCCUGGAGCCGCGCAGCAAGCCGGAGGCGAAGGUGGCCACUCCCCAGCCACCGAAACUCUCGAUCUCGCAGGCUCUGGCCCUUCAGCGCGACCUGUUGCAGGGCUUCUCCGACCCAGAGUUCCAGCAAAAGCGCAAGGAAUUGGUCGCAGCUCUUCGGCAGAGCGAGCCCAGAAAGUUCAGCGCCGAGCGGCAGAAGCUCUUCCUCACGGUUCAGAAGGUGGUGCUUCCCAGAUAUGGCUUCGAGGGCAGCCCCAAGGGCGUGUUCGACAUGCUCCAGCAGUUCGACCGCCCGGAGAUCACCUCCAACGCCGAGUUCCAGCAGCAGGGGGCUGUGCUGAACCACCUCCUUUUCGCGGAAGAUCCGGCAGAGGCGAUUCCAGCCACUGCGCAGGCAUUCCCUGAGCCGGAGGUGUCGGGAAGGUCAAAGAAGUCACGGGGACCACCAGCACGGCAACAGGCGGUGCAUGACAUCGAGGUGGCAGUUCGGCAUGCCGUGCAGGAAGGCCCACACGCAAACGAGGAGGCUCUCCUGACGGUGAAGAGCAACGCGACCAUGAAGAGUGUGAAGGAGGCCUUGGUGGCGCACUUGGGCAAGCCCGAGUUGCUCCGGUCCUGCCGCUUGGUGCAGCCUGUCGGCGAGAACGGCGCCUUCUCCUCCUUCAAGGACAACGAGAAGCUGAAUGGUCGCCGUGCGUUGCUGGUGCUGGGAAUUACCAGCUUGAGGCCAGCAGGCGAAGAGCCAGCCGAAGAUGUGCCCGCAGAGAAGGGCUUGCAGGCCAGCCUGGAGCCGCGCAGCAAGCCGGAGGCGAAGGUGGCCGCUCCCGAGCCACCGAAACUCUCGAUCUCGCAGACUCUGGCCCUUCAGCGCGACCUGUUGCAGGGCUUCUCCGACCCAGAGUUCCAGCAAAAGCGCAAGGAAUUGGUCGCAGCUCUUCGGCAGAGCGAGCCCAGAAGGUUCAGCGCCGAGCGGCAGAAGCUCUUCCUCACGGUUCAGAAGGUGGUGCUUCCCAGAUAUGGCUUCGAGGGCAGCCCCAAGGGCGUGUUCGACAUGCUCCAGCAGUUCGACCGCCCGGAGAUCACCUCCAACGCCGAGUUCCAGCAGCAGGGGGCUGUGCUGAACCACCUCCUUUUCGCGGAAGAUCCGGCAGAGGCGAUUCCAGCCACUGCGCAGGCAUUCCCUGAGCCGGAGGUGUCGGGAAGGUCAAAGAAGUCACGGGGACCACCAGCACGGCAACAGGCGGUGCAUGACAUCGAGGUGGCAGUUCGGCAUGCCGUGCAGGAAGGCCCACACGCAAACGAGGAGGCUCUCCUGACGGUGAAGAGCAACGCGACCAUGAAGAGUGUGAAGGAGGCCUUGGUGGCGCACUUGGGCAAGCCCGAGUUGCUCCGGUCCUGCCGCUUGGUGCAGCCUGUCGGCGAGAACGGCGCCUUCUCCUCCUUCAAGGACAACGAGAAGCUGAAUGGUCGCCGUGCGUUGCUGGUGCUGGGAAUUACCAGCUUGAGGCCAGCAGGCGAAGAGCCAGCCGAAGAUGUGCCCGCAGAGAAGGGCUUGCAGGCCAGCCUGGAGCCGCGCAGCAAGCCGGAGGCGAAGGUGGCCGCUCCCCAGCCACCGAAACUCUCGAUCUCGCAGGCUCUGGCCCUUCAGCACCUCGGCAGGCGCGACCUGUUGCAGGGCUUCUCCGACCCAGAGUUCCAGCAAAAGCGCAAGGACCAACGCAGUGCGAUUGUGCAGGAUGUGCAGAUGAGCCACACCAUGUCUCGUGACGGAGGAAUUGGGUCGCAUACGGUCGCAGAUGGUCGUCCCGAAGCUGUGGCAAGGCAGAGCGAGCCCAGAAAGUUCAGCGCCGAGCGGCAGAAGCUCUUCCUCACGGUUCAGAAGGUGGUGCUUCCCAGAUAUGGCUUCGAGGGCAGCCCCAAGGCCGUUGCAGUCAUCGCCCCGUGGCAGUCACACUCCUGGAGUCUCCAGGGCGUGUUCGACAUGCUCCAGCAGUUCGACCGCCCGGAGAUCACCUCCAACGCCGAGUUCCAGCAGCAGGGGGCUGUGCUGAACCACCUCCUUUUCGCGGAAGAUCCGGCAGAGGCGAUUCCAGCCACUGCGCAGGCAUUCCCUGAGCCGGAGGCGGUGAGCAGCCUUGAUUGCACAGUGUUCAGGGAUCUCAGGAUGCGCUCCUUGCGAGGUGUCGGGUCCGGUCCGACGAACUUCGUGACGAUUCUGUCCGAUGACCGCCUUGUCGAGGUGGCAGUUCGGCAUGCCGUGCAGGAGGCUCUCCUGACGGUGAAGAGCAACGCGACCAUGAAGAGUGUGAAGGCCUUGGUGGCGCACUUGGGCAAGCCCGAGUUGCUCCGGUCCUGCCGCUUGGUGCAGCCUGUCGGCGAGAACGGCGCCUUCUCCUCCUUCAAGGACAACGAGAAGCUGAAUGGUCGCCGUGCGUUGCUGGUGCUGGGAAUUACCAGCUUGAGGCCAGCAGGCGAAGAGCCAGCCGAAGAUGUGCCCGCAGAGAAGGGCUUGCAGGCCAGCCUGGAGCCGCGCAGCAAGCCGGAGGCGAAGGUGGCCGCUCCCCAGCCACCGAAACUCUCGAUCUCGCAGGCUCUGGCCCUUCAGCACCUCGGCAGGCGCGACCUGUUGCAGGGCUUCUCCGACCCAGAGUUCCAGCAAAAGCGCAAGGACCAAUGCAGUGCGAUUGUGCAGGAUGUGCAGAUGAGCCACGCCAUGUCUCGUGACGGAGGAAUUGGGUCGCAUACGGUCGCAGAUGGUCGUCCCGAAGCUGUGGCAAGGCAGAGCGAGCCCAGAAAGUUCAGCGCCGAGCGGCAGAAGCUCUUCCUCACGGUUCAGAAGGUGGUGCUUCCCAGAUAUGGCUUCGAGGGCAGCCCCAAGGGCGUGUUCGACAUGCUCCAGCAGUUCGACCGCCCGGAAAUCUCCUCGAACCCGGAGCUCCUGCAGCAGGGGGCAGUGCUGAACGACCUCCUGUUUGGUGAGAUGGGAGCUCCUGUUGCGUUGCAGCCACAGGCCGAAACGCAGUCGAAGGCCAAGACGCGGGCACCACCCCCCUCUCGCACAGCCGCUCCGGUCCGUGAAGUUGAGGUUGUGGUUCGCCAUGCGGUCCAGGAGGAUCAUCCAGCCAACGAGGAGGCUCUCCUGACGAUGAAGAGCAACGCGACCAUGAAGAGUGUGAAGGAGGCCUUGGUGGCGCACUUGGGCAAGCCCGAGUUGCUCCGGUCCUGCCGCUUGGUGCAGCCUGUCGGCGAGAACGGCGCCUUCUCCUCCUUCAAGGACAACGAGAAGCUGAAUGGUCGCCGUGCGUUGCUGGUGCUGGGAAUUCCCAGCUUGAGGCCAGCAGGCGAAGAGCCAGCCGAAGAUGUGCCCGCAGAGAAGGGCUUGCAGGCCAGCCCGGAGCCGCGCGUCAAGCCGGAGGCGAAGGUGGCCGCUCCCGAGCCACCGAAACUCUCGAUCUCGCAGACUCUGGCCCUUCAGCGCGACCUGUUGCAGGGCUUCUCCGACCCAGAGUUCCAGCAAAAGCGCAAGGACCAAUGCAGUGCGAUUGUGCAGAGCGAGCCCAGAAAGUUCAGCGCUGAGCGGCAGAAGCUCUUCCUCACGGUUCAGAAGGUGGUGCUUCCCAGAUAUGGCUUCGAGGGCAGCCCCAAGGCAGUCGCAGACAUCGCCCCGUGGCAGUCACACUCCUGCAGUCUCCAGGGCGUGUUCGACAUGCUCCAGCAGUUCGAUCGCCCGGAGAUCACCUCCAACGCCGAGUUCCAGCAGCAGGGUGCCGUCCUCAACCAUCUCCUCUUCGCGGAGGAGAUGGCAGAGCCUGCAGAAGCAGCUGCUUCGGCCAUGCAGGCCGAAACGCAGUCGAAGGCCAAGACGCGGGCACCACCCCCCUCUCGCACAGCCGCUCCGGUCCGUGACGUUGAGGUUGUGGUUCGCCAUGCGGUCCAGGAGGAUCAUCCAGCCAACGAGGAGGCUCUCCUGACGGUGAAGAGCAACGCGACCAUGAAGAGUGUGAAGGAGGCCUUGGUGGCGCACUUGGGCAAGCCCGAGUUGCUCCGGUCCUGCCGCUUGGUGCAGCCUGUCGGCGAGAACGGCGCCUUCUCCUCCUUCAAGGACAACGAGAAGCUGAAUGGUCGCCGUGCGUUGCUGGUGCUGGGAAUUCCCAGCUUGAGGCCAGCAGGCGAAGAGCCAGCCGAAGAUGUGCCCGCAGAGAAGGGCUUGCAGGCCAGCCUGGAGCCGCGCAGCAAGCCGGAGGCGAAGGUGGCCGCUCCCCAGCCACCGAAACUCUCGAUCUCGCAGGCUCUGGCCCUUCAGCGCGACCUGUUGCAGGGCUUCUCCGACCCAGAGUUCCAGCAAAAGCGCAAGGAAUUGGUCGCAGCUCUUCGGCAGAGUGCGCCCAGAAAGUUCAGCGUCGAGCGGCAGAAGCUCUUCCUCACGGUUCAGAAAGUGGUACUUCCCAGAUAUGGCUUCGAGGGCAGCCCCAAGGGCGUGUUCGACAUGCUCCAGCAGUUCGACCGCCCGGAGAUCACCUCCAAUGCCGAGUUCCAGCAGCAGGGUGCUGUGCUGAACGAGCUCCUUUUCGCCGAGGAGGUAGCGGCACCCGGCAGUCAGGACUCUGUUGAAGAGCUGAACGCAACAAAGGAGGUCCAAGUACGUGUCCGCAGGGCUGGAGACAGCGUCACUUCCGAGGAGGUUUACGUGACGGUUGCCAGCACCGCAUCCAUGCGUGACGUCCGGGCAGCGGUUGCAGAGAAGUGCAACAACCCGGCGUUCCUUCAGAGAGCCAAGCUGGUGAGAAAUCGGGGAGGUGUUCUCGUCGGCUACCAGGACUCCGAACCAAUCCGAGGCCGACGCAGGCUCUUGUUCUUGGGCCCAUCACUUUGGCGGGAUGGUGACGUCGGAGAUGAGGCACCGUCCGCUGGCGAUUCUGACAGUGAGGAAGCGGACGGUGCAGCACCUGGAACCCUAUCGCUGGAGAAGGCACGCCGCUUCCUUCACAGGGUCAAAGAUGCUUGUGCCAGCCAGAGCUUCCAACAGUCAGUUGCGGAACUACGGGCCCGUGCUCGGCAGCGAGGAGAGACGACGGGCACCAGAAUGGCCGUGGGGACUCUCUUCAUUGCGGCCUGUCAGAGCAUUCUCAGGAAGUUCGGCUUCGGCAUUGACCGUCAAGGAUAUGAGCAGAUGUUCACCGCGAUCUUCCCACAUGGGCAGGAUCCAACAAUUCUGGCGCUGGCUUCAGAGAUCGAGAAGUUGCUGGGCGUUCCAGUUGGAUCCUGGUUUGGUUUGUCAAAUGAUGCCAUCCAGGACGGAUCCGGACAGCUCAGCCGUGACGAGGCGCGCCAAGUCGUGACUGAGAUUCGACGCCUGGUCGGUUCGCCCACCUUCCAGAAAGAGGUCGCCGCAAUUCGGGAUAGAGUUCGCAGCAGAAACGGGAGCCUACAAGAAGUCAGCCAGGAGGUUUACAUGCCUUUCUACCGGUUGGUGAGACCUAUUACGCUGGCUUUCCGCCUGGGUGGAGAUCCCCAAUGCUUGUCGCGGAUGAGCGCAGCUCUCGCUCCGCACAUGGAGGAUGCCCAGCUUCGUUCUGCCGUCCGACAGGUGGAGACAUCCUUCCUGCACACGCACCCUGGAGCAUUCUUCGCGACUUCACAGGAUGCGCCCCAAGGAAGUCUGGAGGCAUCAGCUUCGGUUUCAUUGUGUUGA